AUACUCUUUUUAGCAAGCUACAAAAAGCACCUAGCAAGUUUUUUAAUUACUUUCGUAUGAGUGAAUCCACAUUCAAUUAUUUGCUAAUUCAUCUCUAUUAUAUCGUAUUUAUAUUAUAUAUUAUAUCGUAUUUAAAUGAAGACGACGCCAUGAUGACUACCAAACUGUAAACAAUGGCCGCCACGCAUCGGGGUCUACGCACACAGAGACAAUUUAGAUACACGUAUAGCACACAUACAAACAUUAUCGCCCGACGGCUCACAGGUGUCCGAUAGUGCCGCCAGCAUAUCGGUGUCGGCUCCGAUAUCCGAUAUCGGGCCGGACAAUAUGAAAGACAGGUACAUAUUUCAUACAUUUUACUUACCCCGAUAUCGGAUCGGCGUCCGACACCGAUAUCGGAUCGGGUAAUGUGAAAACGCUCUUAUGGUAAACGUAAUUGUAAUCUGUGAUGUAAUUUCUAAACAUGUUUGAACAAGUCGCCGCAAAAUUUAAAUUAUUAAAAGAGAAUGAAACGGUAAAUACUGUAGGGCGUCAUCUCGUAGAGUUUUGUCUUUAUACGGUUUAAUAAUUAUUAUGGAUAUUCCUAUAUGUUUUUCCCAGUAUUUUAUGAAUAAGCAAAAUGUUAGAUCGUUUCAAAACAUAUUUAAUAUUAAUUUAUUUAGAUCGGCCGAAAAUGAAGAAUAUAUUCAGCAGGUCCUUCAAGAUUCGGUAAGUGAAAUAUCUCAAGGAUUGCGUGAUGUAUUAAAUAACUUGAGAAUCAAUAUUUUGAAGUACUGUAAACAAGAUUUUAAAGAAGUUUUUGAACCUCCAGGACAAACCAGGACGUUGUGUCCUGUUGAUAAAGGAUAUAUUUUUAAUGGUUGCUCGACAGGAUUGUUUAAAAUUAUACCAAAAGCGCUCUUCGGAAAUAACCAUAAUUUAAAAAUAUUUCAAAAGUGUUUGAAAACCAUAAUUUACAGUAUGAGGAAACAGCAUUUCAAUUUCUCAAUGCUUUUAAAAAGAUGGAACUAUAAUGUGGGGCUAUGGACUUCUUUCGAAUUUAAUAUUGCGCAGAAUAUUCUGCUAUCCAUUUUAGUGUGGGUAUUCAAAAAUAUUUUAUCGGCAAUUAUUUGUCUUCAUUUUUAUGUAACAACCUGUAAAAUAGACGCGGACGAGAAUAAGCUACAUUAUUUUUGGAAAUUUCAAUGGCACAGUUUUUACGACAAAGAAAUAAAUAAAUUACUAGUUCGACGUGCUAUAAGCAAAUAUGAGCCUUACUGUCUGGGCAAAAAAGUUAAAAAAAGAUUAAAAUCUCAACAAUGUCUUACAAUUAAAAACAUCAGAAGGGAUAUACCGAAACUACACUUAAUCUUAAAGCCUAAUAACGAAGUUAGACCAAUCGUUCGAUACAAGAAUGGGAUAUUAAGUAUUUCGGAAAAAUAUAAAAUCAAGGAAAAAUUGUUGUUCCUGAAAUUUUUAAACGGACAUGGAGGACGAAAAUUAGAAACUCAGUUUGUAACGUUACAUUCAGAAUGGUUGAAACGAAAUAAACCAAAAUUAUAUUUUAUUAAAGCUGAUUUACGAAAUGCUUUUGGAUCUAUCAAUAAGUCGUUACUUAAAAGAAUAAUUUCGGAGAAGAUUGAGAAAAAUGAGAUUAAGAAUUUUAAGAAAGAAAAUUCUUACUAUUUUAAAAAAUUCAGUGUGCAAUAUAAAGAAUUGUUGGCUGAACUUCAGAAGUCCAUAUAUGUUCGAGUUGGUUCCACAAUUUUUACUUGGCAAUCUGGAUUAGUCCAAGGCUACGUAUAUUCACCUGCUUUAUCUGAAUUAUAUUAUUCAUACUUAGACAAAUUGUAUUUUUCCGACCUCCUUAAACAAAGUGAAAAUCAGCUAAAACUUUUUACUAGAAUUGUCGACGAUUAUCUGUACAUUACUGAUUGUUUAGAUGACGCUUAUGCGUUCAUAAAUGCCCUGUCUAAUUACAAAAAUGUUAACUACAAUAAAACUGCUGUAAACUUUGAAUGCCCAGGUAUAAACUAUAGCGAUGUCAUACAAUUCGUGGGAUACACAUAUAAUACGCAAAAUUUAUUUGUUAAUAGAGCGAGUAACAUUUAUGCUGGUCAUAUGUGUUAUAAAAUAACAUUCUCCCAAUCGAUCAGCAAUAUAAAUACAUUUUUAGAGAGCAGAAUUGGCCAGACUGGUAUCCCAAUAAAUUCUCUUUUAUUUAAUUUAAAUAACAUGGAUGAAGAAAUACUAUGGCGCAAUAUUUUCGUCACAUUUUGUAUAUCCGCAAAUAAGUUUUGUACAAUACUAUCGAUAUUGUGUGAGGACAUGUUAGACUAUUUACCAAUUUAUAAGAGGCAAGUUAGUGUCAAGCUUACGAACUCUAUAAUAAAAGUAUUGUCUCGAAAUAAACCUAGUGAUUAUAUGUUUAUGUACUGCAUAAAUCAUUUUCGUUAUUUGUCGUUUAAGGCCUUACUGCUAUGUGCUAAAAAGACACCCAAAUGCAGUAACCUUGUUAGCCAUAUAAACGUAGAAUUAUCGAAAUGUAAUUGUCUAUUCGGUAAAUGGCGGGAGCAUGCAUCUAGAAUAAGUAGAAAUGGCGAUUCAGAGAAACCGGCUAUACAAAUGAUAUGCAGAAGAACAGAUUUGAGAAGAAUUACGAAGACAUUUGAAGAUCUGCCCACAGGUUUUGAGUGCUAUAAGAAUAUGUAUGUGUGAAAUUAAACAAAUAGUAU